UGUACACGCCGCCUUAAUGGCUUCUUCGUCUCGUAAUCGACAACAAGAAGAUUCAUACAUCGAAUAUGGUGUUUCAUACUUAAAGAUCUACAAUAUGAAGAGUUGUGAUGAGGAUUGUGCUGAUCAUCACCAGAGCGAUCCACAUCCAGAUUUUAUGGAUAUUGAUCAUACCACUGAAGAAGAACGACCCCCAUAUGUUAUAGUUGUUCACGGCCCUCCCAAGGUCGGUAAAACUCUCUUAAUAAAGUGUCUGGUGGAUUUCUAUACCAAGGGAAGUCAUUCUGACAUGGCAGGCCCGAUUAGGAUUGUAGCAGGAAACAAAAGACGGAUACAGUUUGUGGAGUGCCCCAAUAAUGUCAAUGGCAUGAUUGACGCUGCAAAGUAUGCCGAUGCUGUGAUAUUCCUCAUCGAUGCGGGUUAUGAGUUUGAGAUGGAAACAUUUGAGUUCCUCGAACUUUUGAAAGUUCAUGGCAUGCCCAAGGUUAUGGGGGUGCUUACAUAUCUUGAUAGCUUCAAGAGAGAAUAUGUACUCACAAGGACUCGGCAAAGCCUCUUGGACCAGUUUCAGACUCAAAUAUGCAAAGGAGCACAGCUAUUCUGCUUAUCUAGUCUUCAUAAUGGGAUGUACUUGGAGAAAGAAAUUAGCGAACUGGCAAACUACAUAUCCACCAUGGAGUUCCAUCCUUUGUCAUGGCGCGCUGCACGUCCUUAUAUGCUGGUAGAUCAUUUUAAAGAUGUCACUCCUCAAGAGACAGUCCAAAUGGAUAAUGAAUGCCCGAGAAACAUUAUCUUGGAAGGGUACCUUCGAGGAUGUCACAUCGAGGAAGGAACUAAGGUGCAUAUUGCUGGAGUUGGUGAUUUCCAGUUAGCUAGCGUGACAAGCUUAGCUGAUCCAUUUCCUGUUGAUAGCGGUCUUGCUGAGUUAACCUGCAUGGAGUGCGGGUGUGUCAGAGCAGGGUCUUAUGUUAGCCUUAAGUUCCACAACAUUCCAUUUGAAAUGGUUAAAAAUCAUAAUCCUUGUCAGCCUAUUCUCGUUGGAGGUAUCACUAUUGAAGAAGAAGCUGUUGGAUGUAUUCAGGCAAAGCUUGAGUUACAUAGCUGGCAUUUGAAGCUAUUGAAGUCAAAGGACCCUAUCAUUGUUUCAGUUGGUUGGAGGCGGUACCAGACAAGACCUAUUUAUACCCUGGAAGACUGCCGUGGAAUCUAUCGGUUUCUCGAACACACUCCGCGAAACAGGCUCUGUUAUGCAGUGUUUUGGGGCCCUCUUGCGCCUCCCAAUACUGGACUUGCUGUUGUGCAAAGUCUGGCAGACAACAAGCACAGGGCAGCAUUUAGGUUCUUAGCAAAGGCUUCUGUAGUUGAUGUUAACAAGGCCGCACGGAUAGUUAAGAAAAUAAAGCGGUUUGGAACUCCUUGUAAGAUAUCCCAAAAAACUGUUUUUAUAAAGGGUAUGUUCAAAUCAGACCUCGAAAUUGCUAAUUUCAAGGAUGCAAAACUUCGGACUGCAAGUGGAGUUUCUGGGAAGAUUAAUGAG